AUGGCGAAUGAAGCGCGGCCGUGCCCCUGUGACCUCGGGGACCGGAUGGAGUACGGGGGUCUCGGGCUGGAGGUCCAGAUCGAGCACAUCGGAGCUUAUUUAGUAAAACCAUCCGCUCCAUCUGACAAAGCCAUCAUCGUCAUUCAGGACAUCUUUGGGUGGCAGCUUCCAAACACCAGAUACAUGGCUGACCUGCUGGCUGACAACGGAUACAUCGCUGUGUGUCCAGACCUUUUUGUUGGGAAGGAGCCGUGGAGUCCUUCCAAUGACUGGUCCAAAUUUCAGGAGUGGUUUGAAGAAAAAAAUCCAACCAACAUUAACAAAGAGGUGGAUGCAGUGCUGCGGUUCCUGAAGGAGAAGUGUGGGGCCAAACACAUCGGAGCGGUGGGUUUCUGCUGGGGGGGGUCCUCCACUCAUCACCUCGCACUGCAGUACCCAGAGCUCAAAGCUGGAGUGUCCGUCUACGGGAUCGUCCGUGAAAGAGAGGACCGGUACGAUCUGAAGUUUCCCACGCUCUUCAUCUUCGCAGAGAACGAUCACGUUAUCCCACUGGACCAGGUGAGUGUGCUUGAAGCGAAGUUGAAGGAGAAGUGCACCGUGGAUCACCAGGUGAAGAUCUUCCCGGGUCAGACGCACGGCUUCGUCCACAGAAAGAGAGAAGACAUCAACCCUGAGGACAAACCCCAAAUCCUGGAGGCCAGAGGCGACAUGCUCGACUGGCUCAACAAGUACAUGUGAACAAAGUCUGGACCAAAGGAGCAGCUGUUACCCAGAAACUACUUCAUCCAUUACUACAUGUGCCAAAGAAUCUUCUUCCACGUAGAAUAAAGAACUAAAAAUACUGUUUUGAAAA